AUGCUUAGUAGUAAUAAUAAUUAUGAGUUUGGAGGAUCUAGAGUGGUGGUGGGUUGUCGGAGGUGGCGGAGUUUAGGGUUUAUCGGUGGCGGUGGCUCUUUCUUGUUUGCUGUUCGGGGUUUUGAUCCAAUAAACAUUUUAGAACUUGGUUGGGAUUUGGAACAUUUGCCAUCAAAAUUUAUGGGCUUGAAAAUAAAUUUGAGGCUAAACUCUAUCAUUCCUCUUUAUAAAAAGUAUUCAUCUCCCUCUUCAAAGAUGGGAUCAUUGCAAGAAAGUUUGUUUAAGUUCAACAAACAACAAGAGAAAUGUCAGACGAUACAAAUAAGCAUCGCAAAGCAAAAUCUGAAAGGAACACCACUGAAGUCGACAACCUCCAGCAUGUCUACUCCUUCGGCUCCUGCCAAAUUUUCAAAUGAUAUAGAGAGGCUUCAGUACAUCAACAAUAUAAGGAAAACUCCUGUGGGGGCACAGAUGAAACGUGUGAUUGAUUUGCUACUGGAGAGAAGACAAGCUAUGGAUCCAGAAGAAAUAAAUCGAGAAUGCUAUGUUGAUGUGAAUGCAAAUAAGGCUGUCUUUGACAGUUUAAAGCAGAACCCGAAGGUGAAUUAUGAUGGGCGGAGGUUCUCUUAUAAGCCAACACAUGAUGUUAGAAACAAGGAUCAACUCCUCGAAUUGAUUCGCAAGUUCCAGGAGGGCAUAGCUGCAGUUGAUCUUAAGGAUUCAUACUCAAAUGUAAUGCAAGACUUGCAGUCACUCAAGGCUUCAGGUCAGAUUUGGCUUCUAUUAAACUGCGACUCCCGUGAUGACAUUGCCUACCCAAAUAACCCCAAGGUUACCGUUAUGGUGGACAAUGACCUGAAGCAAUUGUUCCGAGGAGUCGAAUUACCAGGUGAAAUGCUUGAUAUCGAGAAGGAUCUACAAAAGAAUGGGAUGAAACCUGCAACAAAUACUGCAAAGAGGAGGGCCAUGGCACAAGUUCAUGGAAUUUCUAACAAGCCCAAGACUAAAAAGAAGAAGCUUGAAAUCAGCAGGAGGACCAAGCUUACCAACUCUCACCUCAUGCACCUGUUCCAGUAA